AUUUCCCCGACUCUCUUUUUGCGUCUCUGCAUCUCCCUCCUUUCUUAUUUACGUACAAAAGCUCCUCCGCUUCCGCCCCUCGUAUCGGCCUCUCCCUUUCUCGCCGACGGCCUCCUAAAGUGUAAUAGACCAAGCUGUUCUCGUAACUCUUUCUCCUCUCCAUCCCCGUUUCCAAACCCUAACCCCAAUUCCGACCCUCUUCUCCCCAAAACCCUACCAUGGCCUCUGAAAUCCUCGCCCGUUCUCCGCCCUAAUCUCGCCGAUUCGUCCCAACUGAUCCCCAUCUCUCCCACUUGUCCGUCCCUCUACUUUACCCGUUACUUGGAAGUUCGAUUGGACCAGUCUGAUUUGAGGAUGGAAACAAAGGAAUCGUCGACUGUUCCCGCGGCAACGGCUUUGGCCGGAAGCAAGGAUGGGCCUGUGAGUGAUGAAAGUCGUCUUUCUGACGCCCGGGGAUUGGCCAAGGAGGCAGCUUUCCUGUUCCAGAGCCGGCGGCUCCAAGAGUGCAUUGAUGUUCUGAAUCAGCUACUGCAGAAGAAGCACGACGAUGCGAAGGUUGUUCAUAACAUUCUUGUUGCAGAACACUACCGAGAUGGUUGUUCUGAUCCUAGGAAUCUGCUUGAUGUCCUUUGUAAGGUUAAAGAGCAAAGUGAAGCACUUGCACAUUCUUCUGGAAAACAGGUCGAAUGUGGGAAUGGUAGUGGGAAUGUUAUGAUUUCUGGAUCUAAAGUGAAUAAUGCUUCACUACAGCAAAUUUCUGCUAUAAAUGGUGGCAGAAUUCUUUAUGCAGAGGAGUGUGGCACUUCAGUAAUAAUGCUGAACAUUGCUGUCGUUCUCUACCAUGUGCAUGAAUAUGCACAUGCAUUAUCGGUUCUUGAAAAAUUAUUUCAGAAUAUUGAGCCUGUUGACGAGAGAAUAGCUCUUAAUGUGUGCCUUCUUCUAUUGGAUAUUGCAUCAGCCUGCCAAGACGUUUCAAAAGCUGCAGAUGUUAUUCAGUACCUGGAAAAAUCUUUUGGUAUUGGUCAUGUAGGACAAGGAGAUUGUGGCAGCAGCAUUCAACAACAGACAAACCCAGGAUUGAAAGUUGCUAGUACAAGUAACAUCCCUGCUCCAGAUGUCUCCUUUGCAGAAUCAAGCAUCAAUGGAAAUGUUCCGGAAAAUACUGAUGAGACAGUAGAAUAUGAAACCUUGUAUUCAGAACUAGAUACUGGUGCUGAGAACUUGGAGAGGCUCAUCCUAACUGAUAACUUGAAAUUAUCAGCUGACCAAGCAGCAUCUGCCAUCGAUAUGAAGCUAAAUUUGCAUCUUUACAAGGUUCGAUUGCUUCUGCAUGCAAGGAACCUGAAGGCUGCCAAGCGUGAAAUCAAGCUUGCCAUGAACAUAGCACGUUUUGGAGAUUCAUCUACAGCACUCCUUUUAAAGUCUCAGUUAGAAUAUGCUCGUGGCAAUCAUCGGAAGGCCAUCAAAUUACUGAUGACAUCAAGUAAUAGGUCUGAGCCAGGCAUGCUUUGUAUCUUCAACAACAAUAUGGGGUGCAUAUAUCACCAGCUUGGGAAACAUCACACUUCAAUUUUUUUCUUCUCUAAAGCUUUAGAAUGCACUGUGUCCCUGCGGUCCGAGAAGCCACUAAAGCUUUCUAACUUUUCUCAGGAUAAAUCACUUUUUAUAAUGUACAACUGUGGCUUGCAAUACUUGCUGCGUGGAAGGCCAUUGGUUGCGGCUCAAUGUUUUGAUAAGACCCAACCAAUAUUUUGUAACAGACCCAUUCUCUGGCUCCGAUUUGCUGAAUGCUGCUUGUCAGCUCUAGAAAAGGGUGUUCCGAGAAAGAGUGGUUCUUCAUUAUCAGAUGAGGAGGAGGUUAAAGUUCAUGUUGUUGGAUCUGGCAGAUUGAGACGAUUGGUGAUUGAUGGCUUCAGCUCAGCACAUAAAUAUAUUGACCGCUCAGUAGAGGAUGGUCUAAUCACCUCUGAUGGCCAACAUAGACUCUCUCUUCCUUUUGCUCGGCGGUGUCUCCUUAAUGCUCUGUAUUUACUGAAUAAUAAUGGAAAGGUAGAGUCGAGUGCUUCAUUCUCUAGAAACGAAGAUGAUGAUUCCAAUCAGGAAACCUCUGCAAGUGCCAAGAACUGGAACCACAAUAAUGUGUUGGCAGGUGAUUUAAAGGCAUCUAGUGCAGCAUCAGCCUCCAUGCCUGUUAGUAAUGGCGAUUUUAAAGAAACCAAGGGAGGAGUAAUCUUGAACAUGACAUUGCAGAGCGCUCUUUCUUCAUAUGAGGAAAUAUGCAGAAAAGAAAACAACAUGAUAAGGCAGGCUGUUCUUGGGAAUCUAGCUUAUGUGGAGUUGAGUUUAGGAAAUCCAUUGAAAGCAUUAUCUGCUGCAAAAGAACUUAGGCAAUUGUCAGACUGUUCUAGAAUGUACAUAUUUCUGAGUCAUGUAUAUGCGGCUGAAGCACUUUGCUAUCUGAACCGACCAGAAGAAGCAGCUGAGUAUUUGUCAUUCUAUGUUUUAGAAGAAAACGAUGUCCAGUUGCCUUACAGUGACAAAGAAAGGGAGAAGUGGAGAAUAGACAGAAAUGGGGAUGGCGACGAGUUAAAUGGUCAACAUAAUGCCAAAACUAGUGAAGAAUUCCAAGGUAUGAUGUUUAUGAAGCCUGAAGAGGCUCGUGGAGUGCUAUAUGUAAAUCUUGCUGCAAUUUCUGCAGUACAAGGAAAUGUUGAACAGGCUAGCCUGUUGGUGAAGAAAGCCCUGUCUGCUCUGCCCACCAAUCCAAGAGCUGUGCUUGCUGCCAUCUAUGUGGACCUUCUAUCAGGGAGAACACCAGAUGCUGUAGUUAAGUUGAGACAGUGUAGACAUGUCAGAUUCUUCCCCGCUCAUGUUACAAUGGGCAGCAAAUGAUUGUACCCGUCAGCUAAUUACGUUUUCUCAUAAUCCUAGUGAAGCCUUCUUUUUUUGACCUGAUUGGAAUUUUAGAAUCUUAAAUGUACCAUACAAACAAUUGUUUGUAGAAUAAGCUUUCUUUCUUAUA